UUGAACGAAAGUCCGGCGUGGCUUCGGGGAGGACGGCGGGUUACCCUCAGUGCAGCCUCUCGGAUCGCAGCAGAGGAACGGUGCAGCCCGGCUGCUGCCAGCGCUGACGUUUGGAUUGCCUGGCUAAUCUCGUUACGGGGACGGAUGAGCGGAGUGCAGGCGCGCAGGGCUGCAACAGUGCAAAAGUAGCAGAGCAUCCUUAUUCGUUUACCCAUUAACGUCCUUUGUGAUUUCCAGAAGCAUUAGGAGCUCCUUUCUGGAGGAGCUGCGAUUCCCUCCUGCAGUGCUGCCGGAGUGCUCCGUGUUCUGCUGCUGAGCUUGGGCUGAGGCUGCAGCGGAGAACUCCCAGGCUCAGGGCAUGUCCAUGGGAGCCACCUGAGCCAUUGGGUUUUGGGGUCCUGGGAUAUCCUACAGCCCCCCCAAAGAGGCCAUGGAGCCCGGUGGCGAUGGUGCCAAUGCCAGCUCCUCUGGGCUGGCCCUGCAGAGCCGCCCCAACGGCAGCACACAGUUCACUGGGGUGCAGCUCAUCCAGUCCUUCAAGCCCCUCAUCAUCCCCUGCUAUGCCCUGGUGGUCCUGAUUGGCAUCUUCGGCAACUACCUGCUGCUCUACGUCAUCUGCAAGAGUAAGAAGAUGCACAACGUCACCAAUUUCUUCAUUGGGAACCUGGCCUUCUCGGACAUGUUGAUGUGUGCCACCUGCGUGCCCUUCACCCUGGCGUACGCCUUCAACCCGCAGGGAUGGAUUUUUGGGAAGUUCCUGUGCUACUUUGUAUUCCUGAUGCAGCCCAUGACAGUCUAUGUCUCUGUGUUCACACUCACAGCCAUCGCAGUUGACAGGUACUAUGCCACUGUGCACCCUCUGAAGAAGCGCCUGUCGCUCACCAGCUGCAUCUACGUGGUGGGGGCCAUCUGGCUGCUGUCCUGUGCUCUGGUGGCCCCUGCUGUGGCCCACACGUACCAUGUGGAGUUCCAGCAGCAGGGCUUUGCCAUCUGCGAGGAGUUCUGGAUGGAGCAGGAGGAGCAGCGCCUGGCCUACGCCUACAGCACGCUGAUUGUCACCUACAUCCUGCCUCUCUCUGCUGUCUCCCUGUCUUACCUGUGCAUCUCUGUGAAGCUGCGGAACCGCGUGGUGCCCGGGCAUCCCACGCAGAGCCAAGCUCAGUCUGACCGCUUGAGGAAGAGGAAGAUUUUCCGCCUCAUCGUGCUGGUGGUGGCUGCUUUCGGGGUGUGCUGGCUGCCCAUCCACGUCUUCAACAUCAUCCGUGACAUCGACAUCGACCUCAUCGACAAGCAUUAUUUCCUGCUCAUCCAGCUGCUGUGCCACUGGUUUGCUAUGAGCUCCGCCUGCUGCAACCCUUUCCUCUACGCCUGGCUGCACGACCGCUUCCGUGGGGAGCUGCGCAAGAUGUUCUCCUGCGAGCCACGAAUCCUCCCAGCCAGCCACUGUGCUGCUGCUGUGCUCUGAGCUUGGCUCCGGCACUGGGGUGUUGUAGUCCUGAAUGAAUGAAAUAAGGCCCUGGGAAAGCCAGGAGGAGUUUGGUUGGGUUGUAAUUAGCUGCCUGUCGCGUUAAUUUAAUAGCAUGACUUCCAUUAAAUCCAG